CAUACCCCAAUAUCAGUACUUAUUUUUCCGACACGCCCUUCUCCUCAUUUUCCCCUUUUUGCCCUAAUUCCGAAAGGCCCCAAACUCUAGGGUUUCCGUCCACAUGCACCAUCGGCUUCUGGUAAGACCUCCAUCUCUGUCCUAACAACUACGGUUUCAAGGCUAUUCCUUUUCUCGUAAAUUCAUUGGGUGUAUUCUCCGCUUACUUUCAUUUCUCAUAUUCAAGCGGGGUUGAAUGAUGUAGUUUUGAUUUUUCAAACGUUGCUUGAUGGUAGAAUGAUCAUGUGGGGUUCUGUUGUCAUGUAUUGAACACUAAAUUCCAUGCGUUGUUGGAAAAUAUGUUUACUGAUUAGAUGAUCAUACAGAAAUUUAUGGACUUGCUUAUUGAACUGUUUUCAGUUGAUGGUGUUCAUCCAUGGAUCGUUUUGGCUUCUUUCACUCUUUCUUUUUAUUUUAUUUUAUUUAAUAUGUGGGGAGUUUUGGUUGUAAUCAUUGCAAAUAACUGAAUUCAGUGGUGAUUUUGAUAUGAAGUGAAAGGACUGCUUUUUUGAUAGUGACAUACUAUGUCAGUGAAGCUUGGAAGCCAUGCUUGGACGAAUAAAGGGGUAGUCAAUUGUUUGUACUAUUGUCUUUUCCUUUUCUUUCGGAAAGUAAAUUUAAUUUAAUUCAUUAUUGCAAUGAGGAACAGAUCAUGUGAGCAUAAGUGAGAUUGAAUUGGCCUAUUUAGCACAAUAAUCACAUCAGAGUAUCAAAUUAUGAAAAUCUGACUUGGAGCAGGAUACACCAACGGCCAGUUUGCCACUAAAGAAAUGAUAUUAGGACAUUCAUGCUAGGGCUAAGUUUUUGUGAAACAGGCAAAUAUUUAAUGGAGAUGUGUGGGGAUUUACAAGAGGAAUAGAAAUUUUUUUGAAUUUGCUCAGCAGUUAUAGUCAGAAAUGUUAUAUUAUCAUAUUUUGUUUUUUGAAUUCAUUUCUUUUUGCAGGUUCAUUGGAGUUGAUGGAGUUUUGAUUACUGUUUUUUGGUGUAGAAGUGAUCUCUAAUCUUGUUUGCUGUAUAUAUGAUUACUUAUAGCUAAUGUACAUGCUUCUCUACGAACCGAUGGUUUAGCUUGAUCAAUUGGUGCCAACUCAUUAAUCAUAUUAUAUAUUGUUUUCCUUUUCAUUUUUUCAUAUUGCCUACUUUAUUGUGUAGUAUAUCAACUUAUUUUCUUGCAUAUUUGGUAAAAGUGGAAAAUACAUAUAGUUAUAUGAAAUGCUUACACAUUGCAAGAAUUUAAGCUUAUCAAUAUGUAGCCUUUUGAGUGAAAUAUAUUAGGGGAAAACCAGGGAAAUGUAUAGAAAGCAAAUGUAUGGCUUAUUUCUAUAAAAUACGCAUGUAAAUAUUGAAGAAUAGAGAAAUUUAAUGAAAUAGGACAGCAAACAUGAGAAAUACAUAACAUAUUUCUAUAAUCCAUAUGUAAAUAUUAAAUAAUGCAUAGGUUCAUUAUAAAAUCCACAAGCUAGGUGUAUGCUUGGAUACACUUUAUGUUCUUUGUUUUUAAAAUCAGAAACUUCUAUAUAAAAGCAGAGCAUCUUGUACCUAAUUAUGUUUUUUAAAAAUCACUUUUAGAAAUUUUAGAAUUUGAGGUAGAAAAAAAUUUUUGUACUUCAAUUUUUUUUAAACAGUUUUUGAAACCAUUAUUUUUUCAAUAUAAGUUUGUAAGAGUUCUUGUAUUUUAUAUAAGAGUUACUACCAUUUUCUGAUUUUAAAAACAUAAAAUAGGAAGUGUAUCCAAACAAACACUAAAUUUUCUAAUACAUAGUUUUAUUCUAAAAGUUCCUAGUUUCAAAGAGUACCCAACCAACAUGCAAACAAGAAACAAUGUUUUAACUUUCCAAGUUCAUCAUUUUCCCCUCAAUUCAAAAGGGGGAAAAAGUUCACUCUUGGUUCUUUAAAACUAUUCAGAUAGUAAAAGAUGCAUGUGUCAUUUGUUUCCUGUAAUAUACCAUAUGUAUCCUGCUGUAUGUCAUAAGUUUUGAAAACUGUGCUUUGCCUAUGAAAAACUUGCUAUUAUGAAUUAUCUUAAAUUGGGAGAAAAAUCAAAGCAGAGAUGUCUACAAUGUGAUGUUCUCUGCUUGUCACCAGAGUUCUAUGAAGUAUUUUACUUGUACCAAUCUUUCCAAAUAUGACCUAGUUCAUUUAGGAUCUUGCUUCCUAUUCAUGUGAUGAGUCAAUUUCUUUGAUCAAGUUUGUUUUUUGCCAUGUAUUUUGGUGAUCAGCUAUUGGCUUUUGCUAACCAGUUUUGUCUUGAUUCAAUUUGCAUCAGAUAUUUUGGUUACCAUUACCAUCAUCUGAUUGGUUUCACUUAUACCUUAAUUUUUCAAUUGACAACCUGUCAUUGCCAUCAUGAGAUAAAGCUAGUUAGUUUAGAAGAUUCACAUGUUCUUGAAUGAGAUCCUGAUGCCUUAAAACUUGAUUGUUGGGUUAAGGCUUCAUUGCAAGGAUGAAGUACUAUUUGAGGUGCUUUUUAUCUAUUGCAAGAAUGUGGACAGGGAUCAAAAAGUGCACAUCCCUUGUUUGCAUUCAGUGGCAGUUUCAUUCAUCCGGUGUUUAAAGAAAUUUUAAUAAAGAAGUGCCUUUUAUUGGGCAUUGGGAUCAUGGAAAUUGAAUAAUUCAUCCUAUUGAAAUCCAUUUUGUUUUUUAAAAUAUAUAAUUAGUUUUUAAGAACAUUUAUAUGUAUUUAUUUGGUUGUUUCUUUACUAUUGGUUCGAGAUGAAUUAAAUUACAUUAGACAAAUUCAUUUUUUUUUUCUUGUGGAGGUAAUGUCAUGUCUCCAAUUUUCCUAUUUCCCCUUUUUUUGUUAAUAAAUAAUUUAGAAUUUCCUUUAGUGCAUCCCAUAUUUUAUUGCCUCUAACAAAUUGCGUUAUAGUACAGAGUGCAUGAUUCAAUUUUGAUGGGACAUCCUCCAAUUCACCCCUUGAUCAAUAUCUUCUUUGAUAGAGCUAAACUAUAAUGUAAUAUUGUGUAAUUGGCAUUUAAAUACAUGCUCAUUGUUAGCAACAGAAUAGAACAAGCAGUUGAUGUAGAGUUCAGCUACCAAGAUAUGCUGAAUUAUUUGGCCAUUUAAGAGAUUGACUAAUAACAUGGUGUUUUUUGGUUUCCUAUUCAAUCCCCAGAGAUAUUUAUGAUGGGAAGGGGGAAGCUUAUAUUAAUUUGUCAGUCCGGUGGUAAGUUUGUAACAAAUGACGAGGGGUCCUUGUCAUAUACUGGAGGAGAGGCACAUGCAGUAAAUAUCAAUCAUGAAACAUUUUUUGAUGAUCUCAAGUUGAAAUUAGCUGAAAUGUGGAAUUUGGAAUACCAAUCCUUGUCGAUCAAGUACUUUCUUCCUGGAAACAGGAAAACUCUGAUCACUUUAUCCACCGACAAAGACCUAAAGAGGAUGAUAGGUUUCCAUGGGGAUUCAGUAACAGCAGAUGUUUUUGUUAUGGGAAGAGAGGGUUUUGAUAGUCAUGCUCUGAACAUCCAUGCUUGCAGGGAAAGUGGGAUAAAACUGGCUGAGACGGUAAACCAUAUUGCUGUCUCCAUGACGCCGGCUGUAGCACCUCAACCUUUCGCAAUUGCUCCUGUUUCUCUUGGUGUAAUGCCUUCUGGUGCCUUUCCUAUUGAUCCUGUUACAGUUGUUACAGAUGUAGCAUCCCCAGACACUACUACAACAGUUGCUCAUGCCGCUGUGACCGUCAGCCCAGUUGCUCCUGCAACUUUUCUUGUAUCAACAGUUGCUGACUCUCUAACUGCUGUUGAUGCAACUGCCCAAAGUCUCAAUGGAAUUAGUACUACUGCAAACCCUUUUGCUGCCUUUACCAUCACUGGUGAUCCAAGUGCUGCUGCCCCAACCCCAACUGUACCUGUUGUUAUUGCUGCCAUAGAUGCAACUGCUCACGGCUCGGUCAUCUUAGAUAUAACCUCAACCCCAGCAGACACUGUUAAGAAGCGAAGACGGACUGCAUCCUGGAAAUUUGGUGCCAAUAGUCCUACUAUCGUUUCUGUCACUGAUGAUGUUGGGGGAAAAAAAAGAACUGCAUCUCGGAAAAAAAAUUCCCGAAGUCAGAAUACUGUUCCAGUAGCUGAUAAUGUGGAGCAGCAACAAGAGAAUGGACCCUGGAAAGAUGACUUCAAUGGUUCCUCUAGUCUUGUCGCAUCUGAUGAUGUUCCACUGGAAAAAUUAGUUGCAUCAUGGAAAGAUGGCAUUACCGGUGUUGGCCAGGAAUUCAAAAGUGUCUAUGAAUUUCGUGAGGCACUGCAGAAAUAUGCAAUUGCACAUCGCUUUGUUUACAGAUUAAAAAAGAAUGACACUAAUCGAGCAAGUGGCAGAUGUGUCGCUGAAGGCUGUUCUUGGAGGAUCCAUGCAUCUUGGGUACCAGCUGCACAAUCGUUUAGGAUAAAAAAGAUGACCAAGUCACACACAUGUGGAGGACAAUCCUGGAAGUCUGCUCAUCCUACAAAGAAUUGGUUAGUGAGUAUCAUAAAGGAUAGGUUACAAGAUACUCCACAUCACAAACCCAAGGAUAUUGCAAAAUGCAUUUUCCAGGACUUUGGAAUUGAAUUGAACUAUACACAAGUAUGGCGUGGAAUUGAGGAUGCCAGGGAGCAACUUCAAGGUUCGUACAAAGAGGCAUAUAAUCUGUUGCCCUGGUUUUGUGAGAAGUUGGUGGAAACAAAUCCUGGUAGUGUUGCUAAGCUUUUAAUCAAUGAUGACAAAAGAUUUGAACGCCUUUUUGUGUCCUUUCAUGCCUCAUUACAUGGUUUCCAGAAUGGAUGUCGCCCCCUUCUUUUCCUUGAUGCUACCUCUCUAAAAUCAAAAUACCAAGAGAUUUUAUUGAUAGCUACUGCAGUGGAUGGUAAUGAAGGAUUUUUCCCAGUAGCAUUUGCUAUAGUAGAUGUGGAGACUGAUGAUAAUUGGCUAUGGUUCUUAGAGCAGUUGAAAUCUGCAAUAUCAACAUUACAACCGAUGACCUUUGUCUCUGAUAGAGAGAAGGGCUUAAAGAAAUCUGUGCUUGAGGUAUUUGAGAAUGCCCAUCAUGGUUACUCCAUAUACUACCUUAUGGAAAACUUCAAGAAAAACUUGAAGGGUCCAUUCCAUGGAGAUGGAAGGGGUUCUUUGCCUAUCAACUUCUUGGCUGCUACCCAUGCUAUCCGACUUGAUGGUUUUAAGAAGUCCACUGAGCAAAUUAAACGGGUUUCUUCAAAAGCAUACAACUGGGUCAUGCAAAUUGAGCCAGAGUGCUGGGCAACUGUAUCAUUUGAGGGUGAGCACUACAACCAGAUUACAGUAGAUGUUAUUCAUGCAUAUAUUAACUUGAUAGAGGAGGUGCGAGAGUUACCUAUAAUACAGAAGAUAGAGGCGCUCAUAUGUAUGAUAAUGGAGUCGAUCAAUACCUGUCAAACAGAUUCGAGUACGUGGUCUUCACAGCUUACUCCAUCUAAGGAGGAAAAACUACAAGAUGAAAUUAUAAAAGCUCGCAGCCUUAAAGUGUUAUUCUCUACUGAUACCCUAUUUGAGGUCCAUGAUGACUCCAUUAAUGUAGUGAAUAUUGAUAGCUGGGACUGUAGUUGCCUGCAGUGGAAAGCGACAGGGCUACCUUGCUGCCAUGCGAUUGCCGUCUUCAAUUGCACAGGAAGGAGUGUAUAUGAUUACUGUUCCAGAUACUUCACUCUCAAUAGCUUCCGGUUGACAUAUUCGGAAUCAAUAAACCCUUUGCCUAGCAUCAUUAAGUCUUUGGAUAAUGAAGAAGCUGCAUUGCACACUCUGAAUGUGCUUCCUCCUUGUACAUUGCGGCCAUUGAGCCAGCAGAAGAGGAAAAGGGUCAAAACAGAAGAGGUUAUGAGAAGGGCAGUUUCUUGCACCAGAUGCAAGUUAGCUGGGCACAACAAAGCUACGUGCAAGGCAACCUUAUAGGUCUGAUCUGUUUCUUUUUGUAUGUUUUUUACUGUACAGGCUUCAUAACUAUUUAGAUAGUGAUGUACCAUAACAACUUGGAUGUGUUGUCCAUUGCCCUCCAUGCCCCUGUAUUGACUCAAGCUACUUCAUUAUAGUCUGAUGUUCAAAUCUCAAGUUCCACCCAUGUGUAUCUAAAUUCAUUUGUAAACUUUGGACCGCCCAUAUUCCUGAAAUAUGUUUCAAGGAUAUUGUUAAUAAGAAGCAAAUUUAUGUGUUCAGAA